GUGUGUGUGUAUUUUUGGUGUAAAUCUAGACAGUAAUACCCCGCCAAUAAUUCACGGCGCGUCGUAAAAAGUGGACAUUAAAGCGCCCCGGGCCUACAAAUCAUCGGCGCCAAAUUAUGAGUUCGCCCGGCUUCGCUAACGCGCUCUUCUCCAAAUACCAACAAACCUCGGCGAGCUGCUCCGCUUUUCUCCUCUCAGACUCUCCAACUUCUCCCUUCCCGUCCUCCUCUGCUGACCCUGCCUUGUCUUCUUCGUGCGCGCUCGCGUCCAGCGGAUAUCACCUCCAUGGCUCCAGCGGGAGAGGCAGCGGAGGACUCCCUCUUCCUCCCUCGUCGUCUUCUUCAUCCCCUUCCUUCUUUGCCUCCUCUUCCUCUUCUUCGCCGUUCUGUUUCUUUUCGGGGUUGAGCAGAGGCAGCGGAAACGUACAACCCAGCAGGGGGCAUUUCCAGCCCUCUGAAGCGCGCGGAGAGGAGGCUGUGCGGCUGUGCGCCUCGGAGAAAAUCCCCGCUCGGUCUCAGCUCUGCGCGCUGCCCGCCGGGCUUCCUGAGGCGGCCUGCAGGAGGCAGAGUAACCCCGAGCAGCAAAGGAGGCAGAUGAACGAGGAGGGGCCACAGAUUUACCCCUGGAUGAGGAGCACAGGUGCAGACAGGAGGCGUGGCCGUCAGACCUACACGCGCCACCAGACGCUCGAGCUGGAGAAGGAGUUCCACUUCAACCGGUACCUCACCAGGAGGAGAAGGAUCGAGGUCGCGCAUGCGCUGUGCCUCACGGAGCGGCAGAUCAAGAUCUGGUUCCAGAACCGGAGGAUGAAGUGGAAGAAGGAGAACCGGGAGACCGAGAGCUGCUCACCGAUGGCUGCUGUACCUGCUGCUGCUGAGGAAGAGGAGGAGGAGGAAGAGGAGGAGGCGGAGUGAGGGGAAAGACUCAGUUAGACAUCACUGUUCACGCGGAGUUAGACAGUUUGGUUGAUUUAUUCCCCUCCUCAAUAACAAGCACCGUAAACCAGGGUUGUUCAAAGUGAGGUUCCCGGCCCUCUGGUGGGUCGCCCAUAGAUGUUUAGGGAAAAAUCAACAGAUAACACCACGAGUUGAUAAAUUCAGACUGUAUCUGUGGUUGAAGAAGUCCCUGAAUAUUAAAAUGUCUUUGUCAGCACCCAAAGGCACUGCAUGUGAAAAAUGUACUUUUUCUUUUAUUGUUGAAGGAAAGAAGGAGAAGAAUUUACAGGAAAGGGGAGCACUAAAAUAAAAUAAAUCAAUAUUAUUAUUCAUCUUGAAUUAAAUCAGUAAAGCUACUGGGGAAAAUAUAAUUUAAAAAAAAAUCAAAGAAAUUUAACAAGUUUUCUGGAGAGGCUAGCACUGUAAGUCUGGGAUUAAACGGCAGAUUUUCACUGUUAAACUUCCAGUUUUAGAAGAGAAUUUAAAGAAUGUUAUCCUUAAAAGUGUCAAACGUGCAAAUAUGUCGGAAAGAGAGAAAUGAAGAUGGUUUUUAAAGAUGGUUCUGAAUAAUCACUGUAAAUCUUUUUAAAGGUGAUCUUAAUGAUGAGAGUUCUUCUGAUCUGUGAUGAAGGGACAAAAAGCUGCUGCUGAUCUCUCAGACAUCAGGAUUAUGAAUCAGACUGAGCCUGAUAUUAAUGUUUAUAAUACCUGUACAGAGUCAGAUAUAACCUUAGAAUAUUUGUGACGUCAGAGAAGAAUAAAAAACACUUUAUCUGGGCUUCCCCCCAAACCCACCCUCUCUGCCAGCCAAACCCUGAACAAUCAUCAGUCAUUUAAAGAGAGAAAAUCCCCAAAUCUAAAUAUCUCACUUUAAUUCAAACUUUUGCACUCAAAGUUCUGACAGUGGCUGCAGGAUUGAUGGAGAGAAAUAUUAACUUAACUCUGAUUCAAAACCAGAAACAGCUACCUGGAAAUAAAAUGUGGGAAAAAGCCCAUGAGGUACGGAAGCCCAAAGUGGACAUACAUUUUUAUGUUUUAUUCUUUUCACCAUCAUACGGAAGAGUAUCAGGGCCACUGGAAAAAAUAAGACCAUUUUUUUUUUCACUUGUGAGAAAAAGUCAGACCUCCGAGUUUAAAGUCAGAAUUCUGAGAUUAAAGUCAGAAUUCUGAGAUUAAAGUCAGAA